AAACCGACCUGGACAAAGCACGACAUGUGCAUUGUCCCUGGUUUCUGACAUUUGCCAGAGUUGAUUUGGUAGAGCCAGCCAUGCAUCCGCCAAAUCCGGUGACGGCCAAGCAGCACCAGAGCACCAGGGCUAUGGAUUACUUAAGAAAGGAUCAUUGUUUAACUCAGGCUUUGUGUUUUAUGUGUGUUAGUGGUCAUGCCAUGUCGUUUUGCACGUUUGCCACCCAGAGCCUUGUUCCACCUGGUUAUGCCACUCGUUCUCUUCACCGCCCACAGAGGUGAGAACGAGGCGUGAAGAUGGCUUGGGUGAACAACAACAAGCGCAACGCCCGCUUCAAUCCCAAUCGCCGCGACGACCGGCUGCUGGAUGCGGAGGUGACCGCGCGACGGCAAGCACCGGUAAAGCCGCAGAAGGACGAGUCGGAGAGUGAAGAGUUAAUCAACACUGAGCCAGAGUUCGUCCUCAGCAUGGAAAGCGAUUCUCGGGUGGAUUGGCUUCAAAUGGCACUCAUGCAGGCUGCGGAAGGCAAGCUGAAGGCAGCGGCCUUGUAUGAAGUCUUGAAGCAGAAGAAGUUCGUGCCCUCCGAGGCAUCGCACUGCAGUAAGCUACGGGCCAUGCUGACAGCGAACUUGCACCUCUUCAGUGGCAAACAGAAGAAGGUCCUGGAGGAGGCAGCGCAGACCUGGGGCGAGAAGACCGAGAAGAAGCCAAAGGCGAAGGAGGAGAAAGCCAGCCGAAAGAAGAAGCGGUCAAGCAGCAGUAGUAGCAGUAGCAGCACCAGCAGCAGCUCUGCAACGAAAGGGAAAGAAGAGAAGGCGAAGCGCAAGUCCACUUCGAGGAAGAAGCGGUCACGCUCGCGGAAAGGGAAGCGCUAGACACCGAUCUCCUAGCAAAGGAAUCGGUUUUGCAAUGUCGAGUGGACCCUUGCAGCAACAGCAACAUAAGUGAAUGGACCAAAACGGGACACAGUCUCAGCCAAUUUGAAGAACACCGUGCAGGGUGGCAGCGAUCUCCUCAGCAGUUGGGCCACCCUGAACAAUGGUGGCGUGCUGUUAUUGCCUGAGUCCAAUCUCUGUGGCUGUAGAUGGCGCUUGCUGUUUAGGAAGGACCCUCGCAUCGUGAGAGC